AUGCUGCAACUCUCCUCCUCUUCUCUCUUCCAACCACAGUCUUCAACUCUUCCCCUCUUCGCUCUCUCUCUCUUCCAACCACACUCUGCAACUCUUCCCCUUCUCUCUCUCUCUCUUCUUCUUCUGCAACUCUUCUUCUUCUUCUUCUCUCUCUCUCUGAAAAUCUCUGAAAAUCUCCUUCUUUUCUCUCUGACUCUGAAAAUCUCCUUCUUUUUUCUCUCUCUCUCUCUCUCUCUUGCAACCACACUCUGCAAUUCUGCUCCUCUUCUCUCUCUCACUCUCUUCCAACCACACUCUGCAAAUCUUCCCCUCUUCUUAGUCUCUCUCACUCUCUCUCUCUCUCUCUCUCUCUCUCUCUUUCUUCCAACCACAUUCUGCAACUCUUCUUCUCUUUGUCUCUUGCAACCACACACUGCAACUCCCCCUCUUCUCUCUCUCUUGCAACGACACUCAGCAACUCUUCUCCUCCUCCUCUCUCUCUCUCUUCCAACCACACUCUGCAACUCUCCUCUUCUCUCUCUCUCUCUCUUCCAACAACACUCUGCAACUCUCCACUCUUCUCUCUCUCUCUCUCUUCAAACCACACUCUGUAAAUGUUCUCCUUUUCCACUCUCUCUUCCAACCACACUCUGCAACUCUUCCUCUCUUGUCUCUACCUCUCUUUCUCCCAACCACACUCGGCAACUCUCCUACUCCUUUAUUCUCUCUCUCUCUCUUUUGAAACCACACACUACAACUCUUCUUCUCUCCUCACUCUCUCUCUCUUCCAACAACACUCUGCAACUCUCCUCCUCUCUCUCUCUUUCUCAGCCACACUCUGCAACUCCUCUCCUCUCUCUCUUCCAACCACACUCUGCAACUCUCCUCUUCUCUCUCUCUCUCUCUCUCUCUCUCUCUCUCUCUCAACCACACUCUGCAACUCUCCUCUUCUCUCUCUCUCUCUCAACCACAUUCUGCAACUCUCUUCUCUCUCUCUCUCUCUCUCUCAACCACAUCUGCAACUCUCCUCUUCUCUCUCUCUCUCUCUCUCUCCUCUGCAACUCUCUCUCUCUCUCUCUCUCUCAACCACACUCUGCAACUCUCCUCUUCUCUCUCUCUCUCUCUCUCAACCACACUCUGCAACUCUCCUCUUCUCUCUCUCUCUCUCUCUCUCUCAACCACAUUCUGCAACUCCUCUCGUCUUCUCCGUAUAAUGUGCUGGUGUGUCUGUGUGGGCGUUUUCUCUCUCCUUUCCUUCCCCCUCCCCCACCUUCUUGUGAAAUAAACAUGCACAAAUCCAACCAAGGGACACGUAUGAUUCCCCCCCCCCACUACCACUUCUUCACCUUCCUCUUGGACUCUCUCUCUCUGUCCCAACCACACUUUGCUACUUUUCUCCUCUUCUCUCUCUCUUCCAACCACACUCUGCAACUCUUCUCUUCCUCUCUCUCUUCCAACCACAUUCUGCAACUCUUCUUUUUCUCUCUCCCUCUUUCUUCCACAUUAUUCAAACUUCAGUUUAUUUGA